GUCACGCCGAGGGGUCGCACGGCCUUGUGUGUACCUGCCCUUGUUGGGGUACCGGAGUUGUGCCGAUGAGCCUGGUGGAGCGUGAGGCCGGGAGUGUGGAGGCGGUGGGCGGCCUGGCGGCGUGAGGCGGGAGGGAGGAGGGAGGAGGUCUUGUGGAGCUGGAGGGGCGCCUUCCACCCUGGCUGGCACCCGGCCAGUCCCCGCCCGCCGCCGCCACCACAGCCUCCACCACCGCCACCACUGACAAUCGCUGGAAGCCCCCCUGUGCCUGCCACCACGGACCUGCCGCCUCUGCCACGCCGCCGCCGCCGACACCGAACUUCACCUGGUCACAGGCAGCGUCGGUGUGACGGGGUGACGGCGACCAGUGCGCGGGGACUUGUGUGACGACCUCGUCCUGUGCGUGGUGACGGAGUGUGUGUGCCAACCAGUUCGCGGUGUGACGACCAUCCAGUGUGGUGAUCCGGGUGUGACGACCAUCCAGUGUGGUGGUCCUGGUGUGACGGCCAGCCACUUGGGGAACGGAAAUGUACCACCAACCACCCAGUGCCACAUAACGGUGCAGUGGUAACCAUCCGCCGCUGCCCGGCCAGUGUUUCCUCAGCGGCGUGUGACAGCCAGCCAGGAGUACCGCCAACUAUUGCGUAUCAAAGAAGGUUGACGGCCGCCCAAGUUCUUAGUAGCGAGGUUUGACAGCUCGAGGUGGACUGUGACGAGUCGGAUAUACCCCACCUUGUCACGGCGAGUGUAACAACCACCCAGUGCACGGUAACGGGGCCAAGCUAGUCGGUGGUCGGUGCUUAAUAGUGAACACACACACACGCACACACAAACACACACACACACAACAUGAGGGGCUCCAGGACAAGCGGGUGCCGGGGAGCCUAGACAGUGCGUGCCUCAUCGCUCGGUGCCCCUGCUGCCCCGGGACCAUGUGAGCCCCGCCUGGCCCCGCAGCAGCGUACAGGCCCCGUGAGCCCCAGUAGGCCGUGAACACCUGAUCCCCGCGGCGUCUUAGGCCCCGUGGAGCAUGUGAGCACUACAGGAACCGCCAAGAUGUUCUCUCUUCGGCCAUACCGCUCGCUGAGGGACGACGAAGAGACGGUGCCGGGGAAGGGCGUGUUGUGUGGCGGCGUGGACUCCCCCUCGGCCUCCCGCCUCCACUGUGUGUCCCAGGGCGGCCCGGAGACACCCGGCGCCCCCACCCCCUCCACGCUCUCCUUAGCGCUCUCCUCCCCCACUGCCACCUCCACCACCACCACCACCACCUCCAGCAGUGGCGGGGGGUCGACCACCUUCACUACCUCCUCCUCCUCAGCGGUGGUCAGCGGCAGCGGCGGCGGAGGCAAGGCGUCGCCGCUCUCCCUGACGUCGCUGAAGGCCGCGUGGCGCAACCUGACCAGCCUGGGCGUGGGCGGCUCGAGGCUCCCGCACCUGGAGCGUCCCGACGUGGGCAGCAGCGAGCCCCACGACUACCGCUACACGCACUUCCCCAACAAGCGCUACCACAAGGACACCUCCUUCGACGAGACCCACAUCCACCUCACGCCGGCCGCCCGCACCUACACCCACCCGCACCGCAGCCCCGUCCCGCCCCCGCCCCACACCCACACCCCGCCCCCGCGGCCGCAGGUGCCCGAGGCCACCCUCACUCUCGCCAAGUGCCUUAGGAAACACCGAGAGAAGCAGCAGGCCCGCGCCCUCACCCGGAAGUCCAAGUCCGACAAUGCCCUGCAGAAGGUCGGCGUGCACGUAAAGUCCCACUCCGACCAGAACCUGCACAAGGUGUGGCUGGCCAGCGGCGGCGGCAGGACCAACUCCAUCUUCAGCACCGUGCAGCUGUCCGGCGGCAGCGGCGACAGCUGCGGCAGUAGCGGCGGCAGCAGGCGCGGCGGCCGCCACAACAGGUCCAAGUCCCUGGAGCGGCAGCAGGGCGCGCGAGUCUACCCGGCGCCGCCCGCCUUCCACCCGCGCCACACCCGCUCCCUCGAGAGGAACCACAAGUUCAGAGUGGACCUGCGCCCCCCGGGGCCCCACAGAGACGAACCCCCCGAGCACCAGGCGCCCCCGCCCCCGUCACUCACCCCCACGCACGUGCCCUGGGCCCCGGAUGCCGUGGAGGGCGUGAGCGUGCAGGGGCAGCAGCAGCACGUGCAGCAGGGGUGGGCGGGCGGCAUGGAGGGCGGCCACGCGGCGGGGGGCGGCGGCUCCUUCAUCAACAAGCCGGCGCGGGGCUGGCUCCACCCCGACCAGCAGCUGGCCGACGGCGGCGUGCGCUACGGCGUGCGGUACAUCGGCUGCCUCGAGGUCAACACAUCCAUGAAGAGCCUCAAUUUCGACACGAGAUCGCUCAUUGCAAAGGAGUGCAUCAGCAAGGUGUGUGAGGCUGCCGGACUCAAAACCGCCGACCGGAAGAGAAAGGUGGUUAAAACAAUCAGCCGCAUCCUCGGGGAACGGCCACUCAUGGAACACGCAGGUAGCAACGUCAACCUUACGAUCACCAGCACAGCGCUCAACCUCACCAACCUGGAGUCUGGCCAAAUAGUCGCCUGCCACGAUAUGCCCAACAUAUCUUUCGCUUCAGGGGGCGACCCGGACACGCUGGACUUCAUAGCCUACGUCGCCAAGGACAGUCGGUACGGCCGUGCUUGCUUUGUCCUGGAGUGUGGCGGUGGGCUGGCUCAGGACGUCAUCACCACCAUUGGUCAGGCCUUUGAGCUGAGAUUCAAGGAGUAUCUCAAACGUACUCCCUCCGUCCAAUACACCAGCGUGAAAUCUGAGAAACCAGGCAUCAACGGCGAUGGUGGCAUAUCCUGGGGACGCGAUGACCCCGAGUACUACAAUGACUUGCCGGGGAAGGUGCCCCCUGACCUUCCCCCUCCCCCGGUGCCCCCGCUGCCUCAGUACUCAGCCUCAGAAAGCAAACGCCCAGUCCUAGCCAGCCCUGCUUCCACUCCGGCUCCCAGUGUUGCAUCUUCCUCCCCUGUGCCAGCCCAGACCCAGCCCCUAGCCAACUCUCAUCAAACACUGUCCAGCAAAGUGUCCGACAACCUGAUAGACCUGUCCUGUGAGGGCACGGCACCGGGGCCCCUGCGCAGCGAACCUGAAUAUGUAAACGAUGCCGUUAUCAGACAGAAGCAGCUCUUGGACCAACGCGAUCCAUUUGACAUGCAACCAUUCACCAUGCAGUUGUCCCAGUUGAGCGGGGGCGUGGGCAGCCCCGGCGGUGGAGGGGCAGCAGCGGCCGGAGCCAUUGGAACAGUCGCAGGCGGGGCAGUAGGGGGCACCAACAAGCCUCUACCUCUCAACCAGCGACUUCAGCUGCAGCGUGAGGCCUGGUUCCACGGUGCCAUCAGUCGGAAAGAGGCGGAGAUGUUGCUGCUGCAGGACGGGGACUUCCUGGUCAGGGAGUCCCAGGGCACAGCGGGCCAGUACGUCCUGACCGGGAUGCAGAACAACACCAAGAAGCACCUCCUCCUUGUUGACCCCGAGGGAGUGGUGAGGACGAAGUCGCGCACCUUUGACAGUGUGAGUCACCUCAUCAUCUACCACCGGGACAAUGAGCUACCUAUUGUGUCUGCAGAAUCAGCACUUCUCCUGCGCAACCCAGUCCUGAGGAACCCCCGCUAGGCCCCAGCCCACCCCUGGGGUUCACUGGGGGCUCUGGUCUGGAAGGAGGGUGUUGUGGGUGUCGGGAUCUCCACCCGAUCCUCCCAACCCCCGGGGAGUCCGUUUAGGUGUUACGUCGCACAAGUACCAUAACUUAUAUUUUGUACCAUUAGUGCAGUGUUGAUGUCCGUGACUCUGUGGUCCAGGGGAGUGUGGGGGGAGGCAAGGCAGGGUGAGUGGGGGAGGGGACAGGGAGGGAGGGGGAGGCAUAGAGAUGAGUGGGGCAAAGGAGUGUGUUCCUCUGUAGUACAAAGAAAAGGAUGCUUGGUGGCUCCUGUGUGCAUGUGUGUGUGUGUGUGUGUGUGUGUGUCGCCGUUGCUAGAUUGUCGUACUCAGAGCGUAGUAUUUACUGGUUUUCCGACGCGUAACUAUUGGUAAAAAACAUCAGGAAUUAACUAUUUUAACGAUAUUUAUGAGUGAGUCUCCUUAUUGGGGUCCACGAGACAGUUUUUUGGCUCGGAUGUCGGUAAAUGUAAGAGGCUGAGUAAGACAAUCUGGGAACUUUGGUGUGUGUGUGUGUGUGUGUGUGUGUGUGUGUGUGUACAUGCUGGUAUUGUUUAGAUGCAGUCUGUGCAGUAAUGACUCAGUUUUGCACACACAGCACAAGUACACACAUUUCUUGACAACCUCUUCAGGCAAUUCAAGAUAAAUUAUGCACAAAGACAUCAAUGCAAUUUCUGUUUCCUAUGCAGAAACAUUGUCAUUUGUUUUACACUCCCACAAAUCUAAUUCUUAGGCAUUUUGUUCAAGCCACAAAUCUAAUUCUUAGGCAUUUUGUUCAAGCCACAAAUCUAAUUCUUAGGCAUUUUGUUCAAGCCACAAAUCUGAUUCUUAGGCAUUUUGUUCAAGCCACAAAUCUGAUUCUUAGGCAUUUUGUUCAAGCCACAAAUCUGAUUCUUAGGCAUUUUGUUCAAGCCACAAAUCUAAUUCUUAGGCAUUUUGUUCAAGCCACAAAUCUAAUUCUUAGGCAUUUUGUUCAAGUCACAUAAGUAGCGGGUGGUUCACUGUGCUUGCUGCCGCGUCCAGUGUGACGUGUCUAAAAUACUUGUCUGCUUUCCUCACCUUGCUUUGAGUGAAGCCGUGAGCCUUGAGUCACAAGAUGUCCAAUUUGAGCACAAAUGUUGAUGAGCAACUAUUUUUGCAUUAUAUUUUUCUACAUGAUGCACAAAAUAUUGAAAAUGUAUUUAAAUGUUGGAACCCUACAGUUAAUUGUACACGACUUUUUUUGCCUGUAAACUGAUUUCCUUGUCUUGAGCAGCAAGGGUAGUUUAGGAACAGUUUAGACAAUCAUGUUGCUGAAACGCAUCACAAGCCUUUUGAGUUGGUGCUCUGUGCUGCCUUCAAAAACAUUGAUAUUGAUGCCAUUUAGGGAAGCACAGUGAAUUUUCUCCAUUACAGAAACAAGGAAUUUACACACCCACGGUUCACUCUUACAGACACGAGCAUGUACACACAAACACACUAACAAAGGAGCCCCACCUCUUUCAGCCACAGAGCAACACACUUUCUCCGCUGAGGAGGAGGAACAGGACGGUGCUGUUGCGAGGUGUCACUAGAAUAGAAACUGAAAUGCUCUUGCCAGUCAGUGCAACUCAAGAGGGAAGGAAGGAAAUAAGGAAUGAAGCUUUAACGGAAAAGUUUUAUGGAACGUUCAUUUUGGGAAGAGUUUGGAGUGUGAAAUCUAACCUGGGCAAGCCAAGGGAUGUAGGAACCAGAUGAAAGAUUGGGUGGGAUGGAAGCCAGGGGCCGGAUUCACGAAGCCACUACAAGACCGGUCGUUGGUAAGUCUUUCGUAAAUCUGUCCUCUACGAAUGAUCCUUGUGUUUAAGCUGCUCUGAUGACAGUGAAUGAAGUACUGGCCUGCUCGACACCCUUCAUUGCCAUUGGGGUCGCCUUAAGAUCAAGAGCGUUCCUUGAUGAUGGAGUUACCAGAAGAGUUAAGGAACUGGCCUGGUCGACACUUCCUUCAUUGCCAUUGGGGUCGCCUUAAGAUCAAGAGCGUUCCUUGAUAAUGGAGUUACCAGAAGACUUAAGGAACUGGCCUGGUCGACACCCUUCAUUGCCAUUGGGGUCGCCUUAAGAUCAAGAGCGUUCCUUGAUGAUGGAGUUACCAGAAGACUUAAGGAACUGGCCUGGUCGACACUUCCUUCAUUGCCAUUGGGGUCGCCUUAAGAUCAAGAGCGUUCCUAGAUGAUGGAGUUACCAGAAGACUUAAGGAACUGGCCUGGUCGACACUUCCUUCAUUGCCAUUGGGGUCGCCUUAAGAUCAAGAGCGUUCCUUGAUGAUGGAGUUACCAGAAGAGUUAAGGAACUGGCCUGGUCGACACUUCCUUCAUUGCCAUUGGGGUCGCCUUAAGAUCAAGAGCGUUCCUUGAUGAUGGAGUUACCAGAAGACUUAAGGAACUGGCCUGCUAGACACUUCCUUCAUUGCCAUUGGGGUCGCCUUAAGAUCAAGAGCGUUCCUUGAUGAUGGAGUUACCAGAAGACUUAAGGAACUGGCCUGGUCCCUUCAUUGCCAUUGGGGUCGCCUUAAGAUCAAGAGCGUUCCUAGAUGAUGGAGUUACCAGAAGACUUAAGGAACUGGCCUGCUCGACACCCUUCAUUGCCAUUGGGGUCGCCUUAAGAUCAAGAGCGUUCCUUGAUGAUGGAGUUACCAGAAGACUUAAGGAACUGGCCUGGUCCCUUCAUUGCCAUUGGGGUCGCCUUAAGAUCAAGAGCGUUCCUUGAUGAUGGAGUUACCAGAAGACUUAAGGAACUGGCCUGGUCGACACCCUUCAUUGCCAUUGGGGUCGCCUUAAGAUCAAGAGCGUUCCUAGCUGAUGGAGUUACAAGAAGACUUACCAUCAACAGGUCUUGUGAAGUGGUUUGAUGAGUCCGGCCCCAGUCUGGCACAGAGGUUAAAGAAGAGAAGUACAAGCUGCAUUUAGAAGCCUGAAAUGCACUACAUCUGGAGCAAUAUACACCUUGAGUCCCUCUCACAAUACCUUUGACCACCACCAACCUUGCUGUUGGGCACACAUUCACCCCGGUGUGGCCACAACUGCAUGUGUGUGUGAUUCAGAGAGCAAUAGGUUUUCUUACUGGUAAACCCCAACUAGGUCACUAAACCAAAGACAUAACAUAGGGUCGGGGAGGAGGAGGAGGAGGAGGAGUAGGGGUAGGAGGGGGUGAGGAGGGAACCCACCUGCUUCACAAUAUCAGUAAGCCACACUACUAAGGUCUAUUUUUCAACAGAUAUUUUUGCUACACCAUGACUGUGUGUCGAUAAUUGACGAAUCUUGCCUUGUAGCCUAUAGAAGUGACUCUGUCCUUAAUUUAGUUAAGUGUAUUAUAUGUUGUAAAAUACUAUUGUAAUUCAUUCACUAUUAAGGUUUACAUUAAAUUGUACAUAUAAAUGACAGGACACAUACAGACAUCACUAUAUACUUACAUACAAUCCAGGUACUUUAAUGUUACGUGUGCCAAAAGGAAUUACUCAUGAGUCAUCAAUAUUUACGUUACAUUGGCCCUUGAUAAUCAAAAUGUUUCUAUCCUCUUCGUUGCUCGUAUAUAACUUGCCUGAUUCCAAAACCCUGUGACAUGGAUACUACUGUAAAAAUUGACACGUAUGAAUGGUCAUAAAACACUGUAACUUUGUAUUAACAAGUGAAUAAAAUAUCACAUAUGA